AUGAAUACAGCUGCUAGCAUAUUAUUAGCAUGUCUGGGAAGUGUCAUCACCGUCGAGAGAUCGUCGGCUAAAGUGUGGAGGCCUUAUCCUUCCAUCAAAUGCAACUCACUAGUCUUACCAACUGCGCCAUCAAAUAAUCCUCCAGUGGAUGGUAGUCAGAGGAAGAAAAGGACAAAUCCAAAUGAGGCACUUGUGUUAUCCACUGCACCCGAGGACCCUCCAACACAUUGGCAACAGACUUUGAUAUACUUGUAUGACCCGAUAGAUGUGGAGCAAGAUCAACUCAUUGAAGGCUCGGCAACACUAACACAAAGCAAAGAAAACCGUCGAUUCAUGAAUAUUAACCUUCAAUACUCUUCUGGCGGGCGGUCCUUUGUAAAGGAGUCAGUGAUGAGGUGA